AUAUACAAUAAACAUCCUCUGGAAGCUAGUGAGAAAUUUACCCAAGCAAGACAACCAGGAGAGUAUCUCAUUAUACCAUCUACUUUCAAUCCUAAUGAGUCUACAAAAUUCAUUCUGUCCAUCUUCUUAAGGACUGAAUCCCACAGGAGAAAUAAUACACCUGUCAUGACAUUGAAUGAGAUCUCUUCUACACUAAAUAUGAUCUAAAUAAACCGCAUAUUCAUUUAGACUGAUACAUAGACUGGGUUUGGUGGUUUAUGGGCUCGUAUCAAGACUCCUCGAAAAUGAGGAUUGCGAAUAUAUAAACAGCUUGGGUUUCUGUAUAUAUAGUUAUAGUCUAUGUAUGGCUGAAUUUACUGUUAUGCAGUUGUGUAACAGUGGUGGGAGGAAUUUUGGAACUCCUUCAGAUCACGCAAUGGAUUAUAUAUUUGUGCAGUAACGUACAGUGCAAAACAAAACACUGCACACUUCCUGAAAACAUCAUUCAGUCUGAGAACAGAAAUCCAGUCAGAACAAGUCAAAUCUAGUGGGAGAAGGCUGCUCAUUUAGUUGAUCAUAAGAAUUAGAUUUUUACAACUGAAAAAAGGGGAAACGAAAAAAUGCCUCCACCUCAUGCAAACAAGAAACCAAGAUAUGAAUUACCCACAAAAGACAACACGGGCACUCUCCACGACCCUUUGAAAUUCUUGGAUCAGGACUACCAGGAGCUGCGGAAGAGCUGCAUCACCAAAAAAAAGAGAUUUGAUGAUGACAAGUUCCCUCCAGACAGCAGCUCCAUUGACCCGAAGAAGAAACUUAAACUGGAUCUGCACCAAAUCAAAUGGUUGAGGCCAUCAGAAAUAGUAACAGACCCUCAGCUUAUUGUCCAGGGGGUUUCCAGGUUUGACUAUUCCCAAGGAUGUUAUUUAGGUAACUGCUGGUUUCUUGCUUCAGUUGGGGCUUUAACAUUUCAAAAGGACAUCAUGGACCAGGUCAUGCCAACUGACCAGUCAUUUGACAAAGAUUAUGCAGGGAUAUUUCACUUCAGAUUCUGGCGGUUUGGGAAAUGGAUCGAUGUUGUCAUUGAUGACAAACUUCCAACAAUCAAUGGCGAACUCAUUUUUGUUCUUUCAAAAACAUCUAAUGAGUUUUGGCCUGCCUUACUGGAGAAAGCGUAUGCCAAGGUGUGUGGCUCCUAUGCUGACAUGAAUGCUGGUCAAGUGUCUGAGGCUCUGCUAGACUUCACCGGUGGCGUCCAUGUGUGCUAUGAUCUACAAAAAGCAACUAUUGAUUUGUGGAGCAUGAUGGACCGUGCAGACAAAGCAAAGGCUCUGAUGGCCUGCAAUACCCAUGCGGGGGAAAAAUCUGAGAAUGUAUUACCUAAUGGUAUUGUUCAGGGCCAUGCAUAUACAGUGACGGGGGUUUUUAAGGUAACAUGCCAAGGAAAACCAGUGAGGCUGGUGAGAGUGUUGAAUCCGUGGGGAAUGGGCGAGUGGAACGGUGCCUGGAGUGACAAUUCUUCACUGUGGGACAAAUUGAGUGAGAAGGAGCGAACCAGUUGUCGUUCUUUGGCCAAUGAUGGAGAGUUCUGGAUGUCAAUGGAGGACUUCACCAAAAACUUUGAAGACAUUGAUAUUUGCUGCCUCAGUCCUGAUUUCCUGGACAGCUCUUCUAAAUGCAGCUGGUCAACAACAUGCUACAACGGCAGUUGGGAAUGUGGGUCUACAGCUGGUGGCUGCAGCAAUAAUAAAGACUCUUUCUGGACAAACCCUCAGUUUCGGGUGAGGAUUGAGAAGCUUGAUGAGGAAUGUGCUAGUGGCCAGUGUCUUGAAAACAUACUGGUGUCCCUCAUUCAGAUCCAUGAGAACAGAUACAGAAGUCUUGCUUCUAAUUACUCCAUCGGCUUCAGUGUUUAUCUGAUACCACCAUGGAUGAAAGAUGAGAAGUUUCCGGCCAAUUUCUUCUACUUCAGACGUUCCGUGGAAGAUAGUGGAAACUUCAUCGAUGCAAGACAUGUGAUGAAAUUCUUCAAGCUUGAACCCGGAGAGUAUCUCAUUUUACCAUCUACUUUCAAUCCUAACGAGUCUGCAAAGUUCAUGCUGUCCAUCUUCACAAAGACUGAAUCCCACAGGAGUAAAAAGAAUCCUGGAUCGAUAUAUUUCUGAGUUUAUAAGUGUCUUGCUCAAAUAGCAAUGUAACAGCUCAUGGUCUGGUGACGCUUUGAACCUAUCUUUACCAGUUUACCUAUCUAGAUGUUUCUCCUCUGUAACCACUCAAAUGGAUUUGGAGUAACCAAGCUAGUUGUACUCUUUUUCUUCUACAUCCCUUAUUUUGAUCAUCAGUGUGUUACCUUUGUUGUUUAUUUGUUAGGUUUUUGAUGUUCUGUUCUGAUGUUCGGUGUAACUUUGUGUAUGAUUCAAAUCAGACAUUUACAUAAAGAAACUUUGCCAAUACCCAUUUCAGUAUGUAGCCAAUCAGAAGGUCAUGUUUGCAAAAUUGUUUGCAAAAAAAAAAAAAAAAAAAAAAAAAAACUACAUAUGUUACUCAAUGGUCAAAUUUAAGUCAGUAUGUUCUCAAGUGGUACGCAGCCACCAAACAGUGAAAUGUACACUACCAAACAAUAAUAAAAUAUACAUUUAAUUCAUUCAGCGGCUAUUUUUUAUGCUUUCAAAUGUCUGAUUUCAGUUCCACUUUUUUAAUUCCAUAAACUUCUUGAUACAUGUGCCCGAAACACGCUAUACAAAGUAAAUUCUCAGCAAAAAAGCAAACAACAAACUUGAUUUUCUGAAGGAAAGCUUAGGCUUAAUGCUGGAUGCUGGAUUUGUCUCUCAUCAUAUCCACCUUUUUCCUCAGUGUGGAAGUAAGCCUAUGAGUAAGACUUCCGUUUCAUUAUAACGAGGAGAAUAACAACGUGCUGUAAACAGUAAAACUGUUUGCAGUACAAACCAGCGUGUUCUUAAUUAAGAUAACAGAUUAAAAUAAUAUGAUAGGACACAUCAAUUGUCAAUAUCAAGCAGCAAAACAAACUGUUUUGUACAGCUAAAAAUAGCUUGACGCAAAUGAGACCGGAAGCUAGACCCAUAGAAUUUACAAAUGGCGGCUCCCAUAUUUACAUCAGGACAAAGGAUUAUAGAUAAUGAAAUCAGUCAGACGGCGACUCAUGGAAGAGGCCUGUAUUUGUUUAUUUGAAAUUAUUGGUAUUUUACUCCAUUUAUCUUGUGGAGAGUUGAUUGGAAUGGAACACUGUAGUUGCGGUUUACUUACACUAGAGGACAGUAGUUUACUAAACAGUUAAUGGACGCUGCAUCAAAGUAACCUGAGAGCACUCAAGUGUUGUUUACAUCUGGUACUGAGAUCCUUCUCUUGUGAUCCAGUCACAAGCAGUCAGCUGUGCUCACCUGUAAUAUGAGUCUCAAUCAGUGCGUCUCCUUGGUUUACCAGAUACGAGUCAGAUUUCAGGGGAGCAUCAAUGGUCAUCAAUCGAGCCCCCUGUUGGUAUGAAGUACAAACCUGUUCACUUUGCUGAAGAGUUAAGGUCCAACACUAAUUAAUUCAACACCAACCAAAGGAAUCAAGGUCUUCAGACUGACUAGAAACAUCCAGGUUAGUGUUUAAGCUGCUGGAACUACUCUUUAGGAUAUUAAUUUGAUUUAA